AAAAUUUUAAAUUAAUUUUAUUGUAAAUGUGUUCUUAAAUUGAAAUGGCUCCUGGAGCAAACGUCCCAUCAUCGAAAAGUGGAACAGGUACUGUUCCUAAAUCAAAAACGCGUAAUAAUCCAGUUCCCCGUGAAAUGGUUGCACCUACACGUCGUGAUAUGCAAAUGAAUUCUGCUGCUUCAAUGGAUAAUUACGAUUGGCGUAUUGAAUCUGAAAAUAGUGGCGGAAAUAUUAGUGAAAGAAGUGGUGGUCCUGCUUCACAAUCAAAUUCAAAUAAUUAUUCAACAUUUUUUGAUAUUUUUGGCGAUUUAGAUACCACAGCAUCUCACGAUAAUAAUAGAUUUGUUCCUGUUCGUCCUCAACCGCGUUCAUUAGGAUUGUCACAACAAGAGGACGAAGCUUUUCAUAAUAAUUUCCAUUCAAAUUCUCCUUCAAAUAUGGCUGCUAACACAGCAAUUGUAAUGCCAACAACACCGGGGACAACAUCACGUACACGUGAAACAACCCCAUCAUAUCGUCGAUCUGCAGAUCGUUCUUGUGUUGUAUUUAAUUCAGUGUCGUCACAAAAUGAUGGACAAAACAAUCAAAAUGAACCUACAAACAUGAGCUCAUCAUCACAAACAAAUAAUACAGCAAAAAGUAAUAAUAUUGUAUCACAAAGUCAUGAUCGGCAACUGUUGGAACAGAAAUUGCAUCAAAUUCGUGAAUAUUUAAAAGUUACUUCCAGGUUAAUGCAAUCUGUUGGAGAUGAAAAUCAUAUGACUACAGUAGAAGAUGUUGAUAUGUUACGUUUAAUAAAUGAUUUAAAAGAUUCUGAAGCUAAACUUUUAAGGCAACUUAAUAAUCUCAAUGAUGAUUUAGAACUUACAGAAAAUAACAGUAAUAAUUCGAACAGAGAAGAGUUUCAAGAAAUGGGACGAGCAUCGCCAUCAUUAAGCCAAACAAGUCAAUCGUCAUACAAUACACUAAGCACAAAAUUAUUGCCACAACAAACAGUUAAUCAAAAUAUGUGUAAUGAUAGUUCAAAAGUUGAUCGUAAGAAUAAGAAACAAUUUAAAAAUUCAUCACAGAAAAGUGGCAAUAAUCAACAGCAGCAGCAGCAGCAACAACAACAACAGCAAAGUGACAAUACACAACAUUUGAAUACACUGUGUGAUGAAAUGUUGAAUUUACAAUUCACAUCAAACAAUCAUGAAAAUAUCGAUCAAGAUACAAUGAAACGUGUAAGUGAAUUAAAUGAAUGUCAAGCAGAUUUAAAAUUAUUGUUUGAAAGUUUCAAAAAUAAUACGAAUGAUGAUCAUAGAAAUGAUCAUAGUCAUGGUGGAUCAGUUUCAGCUGGAAGCAGUCAUGAUGCUACACCAACUACCAAUGAGAAUGCAGCUGCUCUGGACGUAACCGUAAACCAAUUAAAGGAACGUUUACAAAAAUUACGCACAUUAAGUGGUGAACAAAAUCAUUUUGACGUUUAUCAACAAUUUGAAAAUAUAAAAGUAUUACGAGAACGAAUCGCUAAAUUACAACAACGAACUGAAGAACGAGAAGAAUUAAAUCGUUUGUUAAGUGAACGCGAUGAACAUUUAACAGCCGAUCAUCAUGCAUUACAUGAGAAGUUACGUGAUUUACAUCAUAAAAAGGAAUUUGUUGAAAAACUCGUAAAUGAUCUACAAAAUUUGGCAUGCGGACCACCUAUACAAGAGACAAGUAUUGCUAGUAUGCGUUCUCAACUUGCUACAUUUCAAGCUAUGCUAGACAACGUCGUGCGAACCGAAAACGAAUUAAACUCAAAUUCUUCGAAUCAACAACAACAACCUUCUGAAACUAGUAAUGUUGCCAGUAGUGGUUCGAAUUGUAAUGUAACUAAAUACGACAGUGAUCGUUCACGAAAUAGAAAUGUUUAUCAUCCAAUUGAUUUUCCUAUUGAAAAUCGUGAUUCAUUGGACGAAGAGGAAGAUUUAGCCCGUGGAGGAGGUCGAUUUGAUAAAAAAAUUAAUAAAAGUGCUGCACCAACAAUUGGUCCAUUUCAACGGCAACAAAUGAUAUUAAAAGCUGAACUACAAGCGAAAAAACGAGAAUUAGAAGAAUUAAUGCGAAAAGAUCAAGAUUGCACUUCCACUAUCAAUCAAGAUGUUUGUAGUGUUGCGUCAAUUGACAAAUCGUCUGAUAUAUCUCGUUUUGUGGUACAAGAAGAUGGUUUUCUGGGACGAUCUGCAAUUGUUAAUCAAACUGAUUAUUCAAGUGAUGAAGACGAGGGAGUUGGUGGAAAUAAUGAACCAACAAAUGUUCGAUACCAGAUGAACAGUAACAGCAAUAACAAUCAUCAACUAAAUAAUCAUUCUGUACUUCCAUCUACCUCGUCGAUAGUAUCAAAUCCCGGUGUGCAAACUAAUAAAAAGAAACGAUCCAAACAAUCAGUUGCGUCUCCAAUGUUGUCAAAUCAUGAAAUAACCGACAUGUCAGCAUGUAGUACACCAGAACCACCAUUAACAAAUACUAUUUGGCGUAAACCAUCCCAAGUUGGUAGUAUUGGUCAUCAUCAACAUUUGAACAACAUUAAAAAGUCUCAUGGACACCACGAACAGGGUCAUAAUUUACCAAUGAAUAUUACAAGUCAUGAUAUUGCGAAUAUGUCCAUAUGUAGUUCCAUUGAAAACAUGCCACCACCAAUGACUCCCAUUUGGACGAAACCGGCUUCAACCAAUUCAUUACAUUCGCGUCAUGAAGGUGGAAGUGGCAUAAUUGCACCAAGUAAAAUAUCGUCGUCAACUUCACCAAAACAACAAGGUGUAUGGAAUACACCAUGGUUUUAUCCAAAUAUUGCUGUUGGAGGUGGCAUUCAACAGCGUCCAGAUGUUAUUGUUGGAAGUGGUAUGAAUACAAUAUAUUCUGAUGGUAUACCGACUUCUUCGUCGGCAUCGAACUGUAGACAAGGAUCAGCACAACCUCCUCAAGGUUCGCGUGAAUGGUGGCAGAAAAAAGCUUUACAGUUACAACAACAAUUAGAACUGACAUCAAAUUUAUGUCAAUCGAUAAUUACUGAUCAACAAGGAGGUCCAUCCUCACAAUCACCUGCUUCAAGUACACAAAAUGAUACAAAUAUAUAUCCGCCAUCAUAUGCUCCAAUACCAAUUAUAAAUUCAUCUGCAUCUUCAUUUGUACCUGUACGUGCAACAAUUAAUCAACAACAACCAAUAGUUGGUCCAAUUAAUAUGCAACCAAUGUUUAACAACGGUGCUGACAUACACAAUUUGGUUGCUACAAAUCAAUUACAUUUUCAAUCGAUGCUUUUAACAACAAUUAAUCACUGUUAUCAAAUGUUAUGGAUGCAACAGAAAGAAUUAUCUAUGCUUCGUAGUAUGAUUGUUACGUUACAGGAAAACAACAUGGCAUCACGUGAACCAUUACUUUUAAAUGGUAUUAAUUCACAAACGCAAUUUCAAAAUUCAACAUCUCGAAUGAAUCAACAAAAACCAUACCCCAAUAGUUCUGGUUCCACAAUAAUAGGACCUCAUUCUGGAAACAGUGAAAAUAUAUUACCAACAUUUACAAACUACAACAAUCCAACAUCACAAAAUGCAAAUACCUUAAAUAAUUUUAAUCAUCAAAAUUGUUUGCAACCUCAACAGAAUAACAUGAUUUCUCAACAAAAUCUAUCAUCAAAUUUUAAUUACGCUAAUAGUUCCUCACAAACAGUAGCUCAGAAUGCUGCUAGCUUAAGUCCAAAUAUGACAAAUACAGCUCAGGCAGUAACACAAACAAAUAAUUUAAUACCACCAUUGCAAUUCGAUAAUCAGAGACCACAAUGUGUACAAAAUAUUCCACAACCAUCUCAGCCGCAACAGCCACAAGUGAAUUGGAAUGGUGCACAAGCUUUAAAUAAUCAAGUGGCUCCUGGAAAUCGUGCAAAUAACUAUUGGGAUAAUUUCCGAAGUUAUUCACGUCAAAAUUUAUUAUCUACAACAUCAAAAAGUAACGAAGGUUCAUCACAUAGUCCAUCCCCGUUAAUCGAUCGCUCACAUAAUAUGUUCCGUACAAAUGGUAUUAUUGCCCCAAUGGAAACAUUAAACCAUCAUAUAAGUCUACCAAAAUCAAAUACAAACAAUGCAUCAUCAACAUCAGCUCAAGAUGAUUUAGUUAUUAAAAGACAAAAGAAACGUCAACAUUCAGAUGUCUCAAUCAAUGUAAAUCAAUGCAAUGAUACAAACAUUGGUGGGGGUAAUAAUAAUCAAAUACAUUCAAAUAAUCAUCAAUCAGCGCAUUAUUCAUUGGAUGGUCAGGCAUCAUCCUCGUCAGCAGCCACAAUGCAUACACAUUUACUAAACAUUAUACAACAGAAUUUAAGUAAUCCAGACAAUAAUAGUGAUUCACCAUCAAAUUUGGAACAACGAUUAAAUGAGCCUAUUAACAGUGAACAACCAUCAUGUUCAUCACAUUCUGGUGAUAAAGCCAGUAAACAUGAAAGUACACAACGUCGUAAUAUUUAUGAUCCAAAUGAAUGGAGAGAAAAUUCACAAAAUGAUCGAUCGAAACCAAAAUUAUUUGAUUUCCUUCGUGAUAAUGUGUAUAAAGAAGUUGCUUCUUUAAUAUCAGCAAAUGAGAAUCGACCACAUUUUCUUAUUCAAUUGUUUCGUGAUUUACAACUAAUUAGUUCUGAUGGGUUACGUCACCGCACAUUACAAUCUAUCCAAGGUGUAGUUACUGAUUCAUUAGCAAAUUUACCUGUUAAUGGACAAGGAGCUAAUCGACAAAACAAUUCUCCGUCAGUAAAGAAAGAAAAUUCUCAGAGUUCAGAUCAUAAUAAUGAAGAACUUGUGAAAGAAAAUAUUAUAACAUUACAAAAUUUAACAACUGCAGGACAGGAUGAUAUUAACAAAAUUCGUACGGAAGAAAAAUUUGAAUUAGAAGUACAUGCGGUUAUAUAUAAUUUAGUUCCAUUUUUUCAUGUCAAUGCUGAUAAUAUUUGCUCAGAUUUAAUGACUGAAACAAUUAGAACUUUAGCUUUGCAAUUAAUUCCAACAUUGCCAUUUUUAAAUGAAAAUACUGAAAAAUCUAAAUACUAUUUUGAUUAUUGGCAAUCACAACUAAAUUCAUAUUUAGAACGAGCUUUAAUCAAAUUUCAUGGAUGUAGGUUACGAAAUGUAACUGAAGAAAUCUUAUCAGUGAUAACAGAUAUUGUUGUUGGUGAAUUAUAUUAUUUAUAUGCAAGUGAUAACAAUUUAAUAUUACCACAUGAUUGUACGACAACGACAAAUGGUGAAUUAAUAUCAAAUGAAAGUACAGUAACAGAACAAUCAUCACAUUCGUAUCCAGAACAAGGUAGUCCAAGUGAAAGUCAGGAUGCAGAUAGUUCUGAUCACCAACAUCAUCAUCAUCAAUGUAGUAGUAUUAGUAAUCAAAAUGGUAGUACAUCGAAACAAGAGUAUAAUUGUGGACAUUUACAUCAACAAGAUACUAUUCAAAAUGAUUGUCAACCAUCUUUAUUACAUAAUGGUGAUUUAGCUGAAGCAGAUCAAUCACAUGAUAAUGAAGAGGAAGAAGGUGCUGUUGGCGGAUUGUUGAAUCCAGAUGAUGGAAUUGCGUUGAUUAAAUCUGAAGAUGUUAGUUCAGAAGAUACGGGUGGUGGUAAUACUGAGGCUGAUUUAGAAUGGAUUACUUUUGAUUCUGGAUUAGAUUGUUCAGCUCCAAAUAAUACUGCUUCGACAGAAAAUUUAAUCGUCAGCACAGAUAAGCCACCGGGAGGUGAUCCUACAUGUGAUUGAAUAUUUAAUAAAAGACGAUUUUAUUGUAUAUUAGUUAUAAUUGUUUUUGUUUUAUGGAGUACUUAAAACAAUAGAUAUUUUUGAUAGUCGAAACGAUUUAUAUUCUGGGUAUAGAGAUAACCGCUGAAACCCUACUUUUUCAUAUAUUCGAAUAAUACUAAAUUUAAAAAUACUUUAACGUGAAAAAAAAGUGAAAAGCUACUGAUGUAUCUAAGCAUUAUCUUGACCAAGCAUCCUUAAUAAAAAAAAAUGUGUUUUAUAUUACAAAAAUAUUCGCCUAAAAUUUAUAUAAUUUAACGAAACAUUAAAACUUGGCUUACAUAACUAUAUGGCAUUGAAUCUUUAAUUCGCAUUUUACAAAUAUUUCAGUAAUGUUUCUAUUUUAUUUGGAUUUUACUGGAUGUAAAUGAAACAGAAACAUAGUUAUUUUUAAAUUGAAUUUGAAGUGUAAAGAGA